AUGUAAAAAAAAUUAAAAAAUUAUGAAGUAGAAUAUUAUGAUGAUUCCCUUGAAAAAAAUGUUUACUUAUGUCCAAUUAAUAAAUCCCACUAACUUUAAUCUAUAGAUUAGUUCAUCUAACAUUUACUCAUAUGCAAAGAAAAUUCCAAUUAUCAAGUCAAGAAAUACAUAUGCAGAUUUAACUAAUUUCAUUGGUUUAAUACUGCUAAAGUAUUUUUAUCACAUUAUCACAAAGGAUAGGAUUGUUCAUGAAUUCUUCUAAUGUGAAGACAAAGAAACUGUUAUGCCUUAAAAUGAAGUCAUAAUUAAUUAAAUGAAUGAAGUGUUCUUACCAUUAAAUGGAGAUCAUAGUUUUCAAUUGAAAUAAUAUUUUAAAAAAGGCAAUUCAUAAGCUAGACCUAAUUUUAGAAAUUUCAUUUCAGAGUUUCAGAAAAAAGAUCCAGAAAAAGAAUCCUCUGUUAAAAGAAUUAAACUAAAUUAAUGA